AUGGGGACAUCCAGGUUGUUGGUGUUUAUGACGCUUACGGUGUGCUGGAUACCUCCCGGGAUAAGCCAGAUAGCCAAUGCGGCAGGCACAGGUCUGAAUCCCGACCUUCUCGAAUUGGAGUUACCUGAUGGUGUAACCCUCGGGCCGAUUGCUGUCCCAGCAGCAGCGACAACCACAACGGCUGCAACUACCUCGGCGAAUGGAACGGCUGCCUCAGGUGGAACGGGUGGUUCUGGAGGAACGGCUUCCACAGGGGGCAAGGGUGGUUCUGGAAGAACGGCUGGUUCUGGUAGUGGCGGUGGUGGAUCAGGUGGUGGCAAAGGUGGAGGAUCCAGUGUUCUGGACGUUUUAGGGACUUUGCUCGGAAUAGGUGGUGGUGGUGGUGGCGGUGGAGGGGGUGGUGCACAGGGUGCCAUACAGGCGGCAUUACUCAAUGAGAUUGUAGAAGUGGAUGCAAAGGGCCCUCAGCCGGCACGUACCGGACCGAGGCCGCCGGAUUACGAAAAGGAAGUGGAGUUAAGGCCGAAUGGAAGAGGAGGGCUGCAGUCCGUGGUGGAUGUGGAAGGCGGUCUCAGGAAGCGAGUCCGCCAGAGACCUAGUAAUGAUGGCGGCGAUGAAGGCCAGAGGAGAAGGCGACCGAGGCCGGGCAACGACGGUGGCGACGAAGGACAGAGAAGACGACGACCCGUGCAAAGAAGGCGACGACCCAGGCGACGUCAAUGA